UGUCGAACCAGAAGAGAAGUAAAAUUCAACAAAAAUUUAUGUGUGGAGUUCCUUCUUAAAAGAAGAAAAAAGUGAUUAUUUAGACUAUGGAUCGGAGCAAACGGAAUUCAAUUGCAGGAUUUCCCCCACGUGUGGAGCGUCUUGAAGAGUUUGAAGGAGGUGGUGGAGGAGAUGGAAAUGUGAGCCAGGUGGGAAGAGUUUGGCCAUCUUCGUAUCGAGCUCUUAUAAGUGCCUUUUCCCGACUGACGCGUUUGGAUGAUUUCACCUGUGAAAAAAUAGGGUCUGGCUUCUUUUCUGAAGUGUUCAAGGUACGACACCGAGCUUCUGGUCAGGUGAUGGCUCUUAAGAUGAACACGUUGAGCAGUAACCGGGCAAACAUGCUGAAAGAAGUACAGCUCAUGAAUAGACUGUCCCAUCCCAACAUCCUUAGGUUCAUGGGUGUGUGUGUUCAUCAAGGACAAUUGCAUGCACUUACAGAGUAUAUCAACUCCGGGAACCUGGAACAGUUGCUAGACAGUAACCUGCAUUUGCCUUGGACUGUGAGGGUCAAACUGGCCUAUGACAUAGCGGUGGGCCUCAGCUACCUUCACUUCAAAGGCAUUUUUCAUCGGGACCUCACAUCUAAGAACUGCCUGAUAAAGAGGGAUGAGAAUGGUUACUCUGCAGUGGUAGCUGACUUUGGCCUGGCUGAGAAGAUCCCCGAUGUCAGCAUGGGGAGUGAGAAGCUGGCUGUGGUGGGUUCCCCAUUCUGGAUGGCACCUGAGGUUCUCCGAGAUGAGCCCUAUAAUGAAAAGGCAGAUGUGUUCUCUUAUGGUAUCAUCCUCUGCGAGAUCAUCGCCCGCAUCCAGGCCGACCCGGACUAUCUUCCCCGCACAGAGAAUUUCGGGCUGGACUAUGAUGCUUUCCAGCACAUGGUGGGAGACUGUCCCCCAGACUUUCUGCAGCUUACCUUCAACUGCUGUAAUAUGGACCCCAAACUGCGCCCAUCUUUUGUGGAGAUUGGGAAGACCCUGGAGGAAAUUCUGAGCCGCCUACAGGAAGAAGAGCAGGAGAGGGAUAGGAAGCUGCAGCCCACAGCCAGGGGACUCUUGGAGAAAGCACCUGGGGUGAAGCGACUAAGCUCACUGGAUGACAAGAUCCCCCACAAGUCACCAUGCCCAAGACGUACCAUCUGGCUGUCUCGAAGCCAGUCAGACAUCUUUUCCCGUAAGCCCCCACGUACAGUGAGCGUCUUGGACCCAUACUACCGGCCACGAGAUGGUGCUGCCCGCACCCCCAAAGUCAACCCUUUUAGUGCUCGCCAGGACCUCAAGGGGGGCAAGAUCAAGUUUUUUGACCUUCCCAGCAAGUCUGUCAUCUCUCUGGUAUUUGACCUGGAUGCACCAGGGCCCGGAACUAUGCCCCUGGCUGACUGGCAGGAGCCCCUGGCCCCACCUAUUCGCCGGUGGCGUUCCUUGCCUGGUUCGCCUGAGUUCUUGCAUCAAGAGGCCUGUCCAUUUGUGGGCCGGGAAGAAUCGCUAUCUGAUGGGCCCCCACCACGCCUAAGUAGUCUCAAGUACAGAGUUAAAGAGAUCCCACCAUUCCGGGCAUCUGCCCUACCAGCUGCUCAAGCCCAUGAGGCUAUGGACUGCUCCAGUCUCCAGGAAGAAAAUGGUUUUGGGUCCAGGCCCCAGGGGGCCAGUCCAUGCCCUGCGGGUGCUUCUGAGGAGAUGGAGGUAGAAGAAAGGCCAGCAGGCUCAACUCCAGCCACCUUCUCCACCUCGGGCAUAGGCCUGCAAACCCAGGGAAAGCAGGAUGGGUGAGGGGGGUUGGUCCCUGCCUCACCCUGGGGAUGGACCUUCAGCUGAAACCAUACGGCCCCCUAGGUGCACAGCCUUGAUUCUUCCCUGGAGCCUACAGAGCAGGCAGGCUAGGCCAAGCUAGGCUCAAAUUCUGGGCUCCCAGUGCCCACUGGCUGUGUAUGACAGGGGAGGCAGCAGUGAGAGGCCUUCCUAGUCAGGGCCAACAGCUGAUACCAAGCCUCUGAAAUCCGGCAAGGAGGUCUGCCUCCCACCAGACCCCCUCCAGUGUACUUCCCCAGAUAGGACCAGAGGAUGUCUAGUUCUAGGCUGAGCUGGCAGGCAGCUGUUACCCCGGUCCUUUCCCCACCCCAGGUCUGUCUCUUGCCCUUUCUUGGGGCAUAUAAGCUACUGAGUGGAACAUGGAGCUGACCAAGAGGCCAAAAUGGGCAUGGCUGUUUCCCAGACCUGAAUAUUGGGGUAUAUACUUCUUGCCAGUAUUCUAAGACACUUGAGUAAUUGCUGUUUGCACUUACUGCAUGGUCAGACCACGUCACUACAUUUCUAUGCAAGGGGACAGCAAGGCAGCGUGGUGGUCAUGGCUCUUAGCUAACCUAUUCAAAGACCUUUUCCCAUUGAUUAAUCUAUUUUCAUAUUUAUAAAGGAGUCUUAAUGUUCUGCCCCAUAAGACUUUCAACCUUGUGGUUGGGAGUGGGGCUGGUUUUGUAGGCCCUAGGGCCUGCUUCUAUGUAUUUGUCAACAUGUGAUACAUUCAGUUGGUUAAAUGGUUUAUACAUGGACUGAUUUUCUUCCCUUCCUGCCAUGGCUGGAGCUUUGGGAACAGUCUGUCCUUACAGAGCUGCAAUAAGAAAUAACCAAAGAUGAAGCUGGUCAAAUAUUUUCAUAACUUGCUUCUGUUGUUUUUUUGUAAAACUUUCCCAAGACAUUUUCAGACUUAAAAAUAAAGUCGGUGUUACAGGUG